AAUGCUCGCGACGUCUUUCAAUGCUACAGGAAAUGUUUGAAGUUCUCAGACACGUUUUUUAAGUAGAACUGUUCAAAAAAUGAGUGGAUUUUAUCACUGAAAUAGACACGACCUCGAAAUGGUCGUUUUAAUCGAGAGAAUAUCCGCCAAAAACGGUGAAUAAAUAUUGCGAUCUUGUCGAUCAUUCUCAAAGUAAUUUUCUAAGAGUUCAGAAAAUAAUACAACAAUUCAAAUUAACUCAGGCAUUUAAACUCGCGUUGAUGCUGUUUUGAUGAAAUGCUUAAACUGAAUAUCUCUAAUAUGCGAACGAGAGGUUAUUGGCGCAAUAAACUUUAUUUGUUUUAUUGUGUUUAUAUUCUUGAGUACUCAUGUGUUUGUACGUCAUUUGCAUGAGCCGUUAGUUGCGAAUUAAUUAUUUUUCACAAAGAACAGCGCGUAUUUCAGAUGCAACUAAAAGCGAGGUGUCAAAUGCAGGAAAAUGGUGUGGAGAAGCCUAUUCAUUGUUUAACACCAUAUAUAUAUAACACAUUUAAAUGAAGGUAAGGCUAUAAGCGUAUAUUACUAUAUAUCACCUCGAUAAUGACAAUAUGUUAUUUUAGUUUUACUUUAAAUUAUAUAUAGUUGCCUGUAGAUUCCUUUUUAUAUACAUAAGAUAAUACAAUAUAUACCUUAAAAUUAUAUAUUAUCGUAUUGGUUCUGGCAAAUUUGAUUCUCCAAGGGGCUGGCCCUAAAAUGCCCACAAAUUAAGCGUUAAGUUGAAUUGUCAUCUGAAUUUUUCUUUUUAGUCAGUUGUUACGCCACAACGCAGUAUUUUUUGUAUGAAUAAUUAACGUUGCAUGUUUCAACAUAUAUUUUGUCAAAAAUGUUAUAUAUACGAGUAUUUCAUGCUAUGUUUGCGCGCUGUUUGGCCGGGGACAGCUGAAAAUAGAAGACAAUGCACUAAUGUUAAUAGACGAAGAACACUAAAGAGAAAACGCGCGCUUUUGUGAGCUCGAGUCAUCAAUUUGAGUUUCAUAUUCAUAUUGAGGUGAAAAAUAAGUCGUGUUUGUUCAGCAGGCAGUUAUAAUUGUUUGAUCAGCUUUUAUUAAAAGGACGUUUCCCAAAGCAAGAGAAAGUUUAGUUUCAAAACGCGUUCAAUUCAGCCAUGAAAACUUCGUGUCUGCUCAAAUCUAUAAUUAGAUGCUUUACAUUUUGCCCAGCGUCACUUGGAGACCGCUUUUAAAACUGCAAAUUCGAAACAUAUGGAGGAAAUUUUGAUAGGAAUUACAUGAAAAAUAUAAUCUAAAGUGAUAAACGCGAGAUUCUGGCGAUAAACCCCCCGGUGCCAUGGAGUAUAGGUUCUAUUAUGAUAUGUUUCGCAUAAAAAUCAACAGCCACGAGCUUUUAAGCUGAUUAAUUCCGUCAACUUGUUAUUAGAUCAAAACUGCAUGUUGCCAUCAAACAGUCAAAACACGCGUAUGGAAUAUAAAAGAUAUUUUGGAAGAUAUUUUGAUAUAUAAUUAUAAAAGAUAUAUAAAAGACCUCCUGAAAGAUAUUUUGACUUGCAGAAGCCGAUGUAACUAUCAACUAACAAAUAUAUAGUGUUUUUGGGGGAGCAUAUGUGAAACAUGCAUUCAUAUAUAUAGCUAUAUAUAUUAUACUUUUCCUGAAUUGGAUGAGAAAAUUAUAUUCAUUUUAUUUGUGAGGCUUAUGUUUGUGUAUAUUUAUCUGGUUCAGUGGGAUUAAUCGUUGGAUGCUAAUGCAUGUCAUACAACAAUUUUCAACAUGCAGUUUUUUCAAAAUCUAUGUUAUGAUGCAUAGUAAGUUCCUGUAAUCCAAUCAUAGCCUUGGCUUGUUUGAUAAAAAAAUAUCAAGUCUAAUUUCUUAUUCAUAUUUUUGCGCACCUUUUCCCUUUAAUGCAAUGUUAUUAUUUCUUAAUUAUUCCUGUACACUCCAUCCACGGCAACCAGAAUCAUUCGUUUAACUUUUUGGGCAGGUAUUUACUUUUAAUAUUUGCAGUCGUCUCCUUUGUUAAUUCGUCGCGAGCGCUUUUCACGAUGGAAAAACGAAGAAAAUAUAAAUUGAUGAGAAAAUGAAUUUUUCUCAAAGCAGAAUUCCUGUUGCAUCGUGAUUAAAAGGAAUUGACGAAAAGGAAGAAGUGUUUCAGCGAACUGCAACGAAGUGAAUUUGAUGUUUAUUGAUUGCAAAAAAGUAACUUUAUAUGAAAAUGGCAGUGUUGUGAUAUAAUAUUUUGAUAAACAUCGUCAACCAGCGUCGCUUUUGGAAAUCGAUUAAAAAUCGUAGUCGAUAUAUACCAAUGUUUUGAAGGCUUCGAGUUUUGGCUUCUUUCAAGAGGAACUUAAUAAUUAUCUUCUGUCGCUUCUGAGGUUAACAGUGUAGCGAUCUACAAAGAUUUUCAUAGACAAAUUCAAUUCACAACAGUUGGUUGGUAGUCAUUACAAUAAUUUUCAUGGAAACGACGAAAUACACCCUGCUGACUCCCAAAGAGAGAGCUCGUCUUGUUCUCAAUUCAGCGUUCGCCAACAAUGUUGAGAAAUACGUGAAUGCCUGCAACAAGACCCGUGAGACGCCUUCAGACGUGGAUGAAACUUUAACAGACGCUCAAGACUCGAACAGUCCGUUGCAAAGCGAUGUUCUGAGCGGAGCAGCAUCGUCAACCGAAGAGGCGAGUCUUCAAUGGUAUCCAUCAGAUUUCUACGUCUCCAUGUUGAAUUAUUCGCUGGGAUUUGGAACUGUUCUUGGCUUCCCAAGAUUAUGUUAUAAACACGGAGGAGGAAUAUUUAUCAUACCAUACUUGAUCAUGUUAUUUCUGGAGGGCAUACCCCUGGUGUGCGUGGAAAUAGCCAUCGGUCAGCAUUUCCAAGAAAAGUUUUUAUUACGUACUUGGAAACACGUUCAUCCCAGCACGAUUGGCUUAGGAUUUAGCGCUGUGUUCAUAUCAUUUCUCACCAUCGUGUACUUCAAUAUCAUCGUUGGUUGGUGCGCCUCGUACUUCGUGUAUUCCCUACAGCGGUGUCUACCAUGGACGUCAUGCCCAGACGGUGUCGAUGCAUGCACAAAUAGCACCAGUCCAUCUGAAUAUUAUUGGUACAAGACAAAACUUGGUGUAGCUGAGGAUAUAAAUUCUGUUCAAGACGUGAAUUGGGAUCUUUAUCUUUAUGUGUUUAUUUCAUGGGUUCUUGUUUUAUUGUACAACAUAAAGGGAGUUAAAAGUGCAGUUAAACCUGGCUAUAUCAUCCUCAUCACUGCCGUUGUUCUGUAUGUUGCAUUGUUUCUCCUUGUUGUGCAUCUAGAAGACUGGGCUCGAGGCUUGGCAAUCUUGGUUGAUUUCAAGAUGGAUCAGAUCAACAAACUGUUGAACAUUGAAAUUUGGCGUGACGCUGCAACCCAAGUAUUUUUCAGUCUUGGUAUAGGCUAUGGAACAAUAUUUAUUUAUUCCAGUUACAACAAGGCUAGCUUUAAAUGUAAAACGGCAGCACUCUGCUAUGGUCUCGUCGACACUACCGUCGGUAUCUGCUCGUGCAUCAUUGUGUUUUCACUGCAAGGUUUUCAAGCUCAUAUCAAACAUGCCGAAUGCUUGGAAAAAAUGAGGAGUUUGAACGGAUCUUUAGUUGAGGGCGGCGACGGUGGUCAACUGUCAUGUAAUGCUUCGUUUCUUUCUCAACCGAUUCCAGAUGCAUUUUCACUGGCGUUUAUCAGCUGGAGUGAAAGUUUCACUCACAUCGCGUAUCCUCCGCUCUGGUCUUCGCUAAGUUACUUUUUACUUUUUCUCUCUGGAUUCGGAAGCAUGUCUGGGAUGGUCUUCGUCGUUGUGCUGUUUGUGAGAGAAAUAACCUCGAUGAAACACGAGUAUGCCACAGGUCUGGUAUGUUUCGUGUCGUGCAUAAUUGGUCUGGUAUUUGUGACGGAUAGUGGACUAUAUUUAGUGAACCUGUUUCACGGCUACUCUUCAUGUUCAAUACAAUGGAUCGCGCUGCUUGAAAUUCUGUCAGUUAUCUGUUUUUUUGGCAGAAAAAAUUUUUGUACAAUGGUUGAAGAAAUGACUGGGGAAAGGCUUCACUUUGCUUGGUCUGUUUGUUGGUUUAUUAUUUCUCCAGCAAUAUUGAUAACUUUGAUUGUUUUGAGUUUGUACGAUAUGUCCACCACGGAAGGAUAUCUUUACAGUACUUGGCGACCUUUUACCGGUAUGCAGGAUAUUCUGUAUCCUUCAUGGUGCUAUGGUGUGAUCGCUCUAUUCUGCGUUGUUCCUCUCGUUUUAAUAUUUGCUGUGUUUAUCGUAUACUCGGUAAAAUCACGUCACGUACUCUUCGAGAUGUGUCAUAAUUUCUGGAAGCGCUUGUGGUACUGGUGUCGCAAACAAGAGGAAUACGAACUUCAGGACUUUGCGGAAGUUCAGCAAUGUUAUCAAGGUGGUGGACAGAUCCUCCUAGACCGUAUUGACGCUAACUUUCCAGAGUUACUUUCGUUUGAUAACAUCGAGACGCCUGUGGUUAACGGUCAUGCUAAUGGUGAUUUUCCAGGUAUGCCGAAUAAUAACAUUGAGGAAGGUACGAAAACGCCUGCACUAACUCGGCGUUUGAGUAUUUGAACGACAUUAGAGACGAAUUGAAGUUAAUGAGUUCACGGCAACCAGGUAUAUAAUCCAUCGUAAUUAUCGCUACUCCGGUUUUAAUAAAUUAAAGUAAUCACCACACAAAGAUUAACUUUCACGACCCAACGUUUGACACUCCGGUCUAUGUCUAACAUCAGAUCACUCCUGAUGAGGACACGAGACCGGAGUGUCGAAACGUUGGGUCGAGUGAAAGUUAAUCUUUGUGUGGUGAUUACUUUAAUUUAUUAAAACCGGAGUAGCGAUAAUUACGAUGGACAUUAGAGACCUUAAGAUUGACAUCGGUUUAACGGCAAACCUCUAGCCGGAAGACGCAAACUUUAAAUUAAAACAUUUGAAAGUAAAUUUCGACAGCUUAGUUCGCAUUUGAUGCUUCGAUUUUAAUGGUCGAGAUUUCCCCACACUGAGACAGUUAAUUGUUAAAUGAGAAAUACGAAUUUUAGUUUGUUGUUUUCGUAAGCGGUCGCCGUUAACCUCAAAGUGUCUAUCAGUCUUUUACUAAAUCUGGGGAGGAUUUAACGCGGGUGAUACAUUCAUCUCACAAGAAUACAGUUUUAGAAUUUUUGUAUUGCAUGUGUUUCACGUUCAUCUUGAUAACUGGCUGUUUGGACAGACCUGCAAAUAAAAAAAUGCUUUGAAAUUAGCUAAAUACUUGACGUUUAAGUUUUUGUAUCAAUGUUCAAAAUUUUUCUGCAUUGUGCA